CGGCGAGGUUGCGCAAAAGUGAGGAGGAGAGGAGCGGCAGUACAAAAGGGUGGGGGAAAGGUUAGGCACAGGAAGCCGUGGGAGAGAGCCGGCAGGUGGACCAUCCUGGUUUCCCCACACACACCAUUGUCCCCCUGGGAAACCUGUUGGUGAAGUUCUAGGUGUCUUAUCCAAGAAGGGUCCUCCUGAGGUCAUCUCAGCUAUCCCCUUGCCUCCAGCUUGUAAAUGCCCCAGAUAUGAGCCAGCCCAGGCCCCGCUACGUGGUAGACAGAGCCGCAUACUCUCUCACCCUCUUCGACGAUGAGUUUGAGAAGAAGGACCGGACAUACCCAGUGGGAGAGAAACUUCGCAAUACCUUCAGAUGUUCCUCAGCCAAGAUCAAAGCUGUGGUGUUUGGGCUGCUGCCUGUGCUCUCCUGGCUCCCCAAGUACAAGAUUAAAGACUACAUCGUUCCCGACCUGCUUGGUGGACUCAGCGGGGGAUCCAUCCAGGUCCCACAAGGCAUGGCAUUUGCUCUGCUGGCCAACCUUCCUGCAGUCAAUGGCCUCUACUCCUCCUUCUUCCCCCUCCUGACCUACUUCUUCCUGGGGGGAGUGCACCAGAUGGUGCCAGGUACCUUUGCCGUUAUCAGCAUCCUGGUGGGUAACAUCUGUCUGCAGCUGGCCCCAGAGUCGAAAUUCCAGGUCUUCAACAAUGCCACCAAUGAGAGCUAUGUGGACACAGCAGCCAUGGAGGCAGAGAGGCUGCACGUGUCAGCUACGCUAGCCUGCCUCACUGCCAUCAUCCAGAUAGGCCUGGGCUUCAUGCAGUUUGGCUUUGUGGCCAUCUACCUCUCCGAAUCCUUCAUCCGGGGCUUCAUGACGGCCGCCGGCCUACAGAUCCUGAUUUCAGUGCUCAAGUACAUCUUCGGACUGACCAUUCCCUCCUACGCAGGCCCAGGGUCCAUCGUCUUUACCUUCAUUGACAUUUGCAAAAACCUCCCCCACACCAACAUCGCCUCGCUCAUCUUCGCCCUCAUCAGCGGUGUCUUCCUGGUGCUGGUGAAGGAGCUCAAUGCUCGCUACAUGCACAAGAUCCGCUUCCCCAUCCCUACAGAGAUGAUUGUGGUGGUGGUGGCAACAGCUAUCUCCGGGGGCUGUAAGAUGCCCAAAAAGUAUCACAUGCAGAUCGUGGGAGAAAUCCAACGCGGGUUCCCCACCCCGGUGUCACCUGUGGUCUCGCAGUGGAAGGACAUGAUAGGCACAGCCUUCUCCCUAGCCAUCGUGGGCUAUGUCAUCAACCUGGCUAUGGGCCGGACCCUGGCCAACAAGCACGGCUACGACGUGGAUUCGAACCAGGAGAUGAUCGCCCUGGGCUGCAGCAACUUCUUUGGCUCCUUCUUUAAAAUUCAUGUCAUUUGCUGUGCACUUUCCGUCACUCUGGCUGUGGAUGGAGCUGGAGGAAAAUCCCAGGUGGCAAGCCUGUGUGUGUCUCUGGUGGUGAUGAUCACCAUGCUGGUCCUGGGGACCUAUCUGUAUCCUCUCCCCAAGUCUGUGCUAGGAGCCCUGAUCGCUGUCAAUCUCAAGAACUCCCUCAAGCAACUCACUGACCCCUACUACCUGUGGAGGAAGAGCAAGUUGGACUGUUGCAUCUGGGUAGUGAGCUUCCUCUCCUCCUUCUUCCUCAGCCUGCCCUAUGGUGUGGCAGUGGGUGUUGCCUUCUCCGUCCUGGUCGUGGUCUUCCAGACUCAGUUUCGAAAUGGCUAUGCGCUGGCCCAGGUCAUGGACACAGACAUUUAUGUGAAUCCCAAGACCUACAAUAGGGCCCAGGAUAUCCAGGGGAUUAAAAUCAUCACUUACUGCUCCCCUCUCUACUUUGCCAACUCAGAGAUCUUCAGGCAAAAGGUCAUUGCCAAGACAGGCAUGGACCCCCAGAAAGUAUUACUAGCCAAGCAAAAAUACCUCAAGAAGCAGGAGAAGCGGAGAAUGAGGCCCACACAACAGAGGAGGUCUCUAUUCAUGAAAACCAAGACUGUCUCCCUGCAGGAGCUGCAGCAGGACUUUGAGAACGCGUCCCCCACUGACCCCAACAACAACCAGACACAGGCUAACGGCACCAGUGUGUCCUACAUCACCUUCAGCCCCGACAGCUCCUCAGCUGCCCAGAGUGAGCCACCGGCCUCUGCUGAGGCCCCCGGCGAGCCCAGUGACACUCUGGCCAGUGUCCCGCCCUUCGUCACCUUCCACACCCUCAUCCUGGACAUGAGUGGAGUCAGCUUUGUGGACUUGAUGGGCAUCAAGACCCUGGCCAAGCUGAGCUCCACCUAUGGGAAGAUUGGCGUGAAGGUCUUCUUGGUGAACAUCCACGCCCAGGUGUACAAUGACAUUAGCCAUGGAGGCGUCUUUGAGGAUGGGAGUCUAGAAUGCAAGCACGUCUUUCCCAGCAUACAUGAUGCAGUCCUCUUUGCCCAGGCAAAUGCCAGAGAUGUGACUCCAGGACACAAUUUCCAAGGGGGUCACCUCUUGGUUGCAGCCACUGUGACCCCAACUGGUCUAACCUCUCUCUUCCCCUCCCACUUCCUUCCUGUGGUUCCUGCAGGAGAUGUUCGGGAGCAUGUUUCACACAGAGACCCUGACCGCCCUGUGAGGGCCCGACCAGUCUUCAUGCUGCCUACAGAGCACCUGGCACUUGGAACUUCCACAAAAGAUGAGCCUGGGUCACAGGGAGUGUCGGGCAGAGGAAAGUACAUCCCCCAGAGCUUGGCUUCCUGUCUCCUUUCCCGUCUCCUCCCCUCUUUCCUUCCCCGCAUCUCCAGAGAGAGCUUCUCAGCAGCAGGGGGGUGUCACCCUUCCAGGAGUGAGAGUCUGGUGAGCCCAGUCUUCACCCGUCAGGCCUUGGCCGCAAUGGACAAGCCUCCUGCUCGCUCCACCCCACCCACCUCUGCCCUGUCCUUGGCAGCUGAAGGACACCUUGACUUCCAGCUUUUACGAGUGAGCCAAAAACAGAAGGACAAGUACAACUGUGCUGGCCUGCUGUACAAGCUUCAAAAAGUGUCCCAGAGCCCACACGGCUCAGUGUCAGAUGGUGUCAGGCUGUCACGGGACAUAGGGAUAAACUUGGUUAGGACUCUGGCUUGCCUUCCCCAGCUGCCUCAACUCUGUCUCUGGCAGCUCCGCACCCGAGGACCAUGUGCUCUCCACACCCAGGAGUCUAGGCCUUGGUAACUAUAUGCCCCCUUCCAUCAUCGCCAAGGCUGCCCAAACCACCACUGCUGUCCGCAAGCACAUCAGACUCUAGCCUGGACAGUGACCAGGGCCAUCGAGACCACCAGAGCUACCUCCCCAGGGGCAGCCCACUAAGGUUCUGCCUCAGUCCCCUGAAACAUUGGUGCCUCUGCCCUCAGAGGCUGCUCCCUCCCCCUGGAGGCUGGCUAGAAACCCCAAAGAGGGGGAUGGGUAGCUGGCAGAAUCCUCUGGCUUCCUAGUAAUAGAUACCAGUUAUUCUGCACAAAAGCUUUUGGGAAUCCCUCUUUGCACCCAGAGACUCAGAGGGAAAGAGGGUGCUAGUACCAACACAGGGAAAACUGAUGGGACCUGGGCCCGGACAGUCCCCCUUGACCUCAGGGCCGGUCAGGGAAAUGCCUCCCUUUGGUAAAUCUGUGUUAUCCUUCUUUAUUUGGCAAACAGCCAAUCAUGUUAACUCUUCCUUAUCAGCUUGUGGCCCAGAGACACGAUGGGGUCCUUCUGCAGGCAAGGGAGGAAGUCCUCCAGGGACCCACUGCAUCCCCUAACUGCAUGCAGAUAUGGAAAGGGGCUGAUCCAGAUUGGGUCUUCCUCCACAGGAAGAUUCCUUAACACCCUUAGGACCUGAGGCCAUCUUCUCCUAUGAAGAUGAAAAUAGGGGUUAAGUUCUCCAUAUGUACAAGGAGGUAUUGAGAGGAACCCCACUGUUGACUUGAAAAUAAAUAGGUUCCAUGUGUAAGUGUUUUGUAAAAUUUCAAUGGAAAUGCACAGAAAAUCUUCUGGCCUCUCAUCACUGCUUUUCUCAAGCUUCUUCAACUUAACAACCCCUUCCCUAACAGGUUGGGCUGGCCCAGCCUAGGAAAACAUCCCAAUUUCUAACUUCAGCCAGACCUGCAUUGUGUGUCUGUGUGUUGAGUGAGCUGAUCAGCUAACAAGUCUUCUUAGAGUUAAAGGAGGGGGUGCUGGCCAAGAGCCAACACAUCCUUGGCCCAGGAGCACUGCUUUUCUGUGAAUUCAUUAUGCCAUCUGGCUGCCAAUGGAACUCAAAACUUGGAAGGCGAAAGACAAUGUUAUCUGGGAUUCACCGUGCCCAGCACCCGAAGUGCCAAAUUCCAGGAGGACAAGAGCCUUAGCCAAUGACAACUCACUCUCCCCUACUCCACCUCCUUCCAAGUCUAGCUCAGGCCCAGGAGGUGGGAGAAGGUCACAGAGCCUCAGGACAUUCCAAGUCAGAGUUCCCUUUGAACCAAGUAUCUAGAUCCCCUGAGGACUAGAGGAAGUGAUCCUUAACCCCCAAGUAAUCAUCAACCCCCAGACCAGCCUCAGAACUGAAGGGGAUUGUUGAUCCAGUGGCCUGGAGUUGGGGCUCAGGGAGAGGUCUGCAACAUGUCUGAGGGUUGCAGAGCCUGCUGUGGAGGUAAGAUUGGAAACACGUGGAGCAGAGGGAAGACAUUGAAGAAAACGUCUCCGCUGGAAUAUUUGGAAAAGAACACUCUUCUGGACCUGGUUGAAGCAGGAAAGAUGGAGGCAAAGUAGUGAAAUAAUCCAGAAUUUCAAUACUUUUGAAUGUUCUUAGUGAUACUGACCUGUGAUAAUGUAAUUCCCAGGGAGGUCUGGGAACCUUAUCUCUUGAGAUAUUUGCAUAAUUUAUUUAAUUUAAGCCUCAUUCUCCUUGUGUUUGUUUUGGUAAUAAACUGGAUUUGAAAUGUGAACAAA